AUGAGAUAAACAAUAUUAAUUGCAGUUUUAGUCUUAUGCGCUGCAAGCGUUAUUGCUAGAAAUGUUACUUUUGAGUAAGAAGUUGCUCAUGGUAGACAUAACCCCACUGAAGCUGAACUUUUGAAGAUCUUUGCUUCUUUUGGCUUCCACCCUAAUCCCUUAAGUGAUAGAUUCAGACUCUUCAAGAAGAGAUUAACUAAUAUUAUUAAGCAUAACUUAAAUCCCCAUAAGAAGUUCACUUAAAAGAUCAACAAGUUCACUUUCAAGACCUAAGAAGAAAUCAGAAGCUUAAAUGCUGCUCAAAACUGCUCUGCUACUGCCAGAGAAAAUAUGUCAGUUAAAAAGACCUACAACCUCAAGGAUCUUCCUUAAUACGUUGACUGGAGAACUAAGGGUGUUGUUACUCCUGUUAAGGAUCAAGGAGAAUGUGGUUCUUGCUGGACUUUCUCUACUACCGGUGCUCUUGAAUCCCACUGGGCUUUACACACUGGUAAUGCUCCCUUAUUGCUUUCUGAAUAAUAAUUGAUUGAUUGUGCUGGCGCUUUCAACAAUUUCGGUUGCGAUGGUGGUUUACCCUCCUAAGCUUAUGAAUAUAUUUCCUAUGCUGGUGGUCUUGAAACUGAAGGUGACUAUCCUUAUGAAGGUACUGACAACUCUUGUGAAUUCAACCGUGCUUAAGUUGCUGCUAAGGUAGUUUCUUCAUACAACAUUACCUUCUAAGAUGAAAAUGAAUUGAUCUACCACUUAGCCACAGUUGGUCCAGUUUCUAUUGCUUAUGAAUGUACUGAUGAUUUCAUGGAUUACGAAGGUGGUAUUUACUCUAACCCUUCUUGCUCAAAAUCCCCUGAAGAUGUUAACCACGCUGUUUUAGCUGUAGGAUAUAACUUAACUGGUAACUACUACAUUGUUAAAAAUAGUUGGGGUGAAGACUGGGGUAUCAACGGUUAUUUCUAUAUUGAAUUAGGCUCAAAUAUGUGUGGUUUAGCUGAUUGUGCUAGUUACCCUAUUGUCCAUACUCACCAUGAAUAGUGA